GCCCUCUCGUCUGGGAACAUCCGGUCGUAUAUAUGUUGCCACGAGUUAGCGGCGGAUUUGGAGAGUGUCCAUUUUGAGUCGCGACUCGGGUUUUCCGUGAAUUCACUCAAAUCUCUUGUAGACCGGCAGAAUGGCAGACGCUGAUACUCUGCUCAUGGAGACUUCCGAACAGAACGGCAACGAGGGCGAGGAGGAUCAGAACGGGGCCGAGCAGGAGCUGAUGGCGGGCGACGACGGCCAGGACAACGGCACAGAUGGAGGCAAGAUCGACGCCAGCAAAGGAGAGGAGGACGCAGGGAAAAUGUUCGUGGGCGGCCUCAGCUGGGACACGAGUAAAAAGGACCUGAAGGAUUACUUCACUAAGUUCGGCGAGGUGUCGGACUGCACCAUCAAGAUCGACCCCAACACCGGCCGGUCCCGAGGCUUCGGCUUCGUCCUCUUCAAAGACUCGGCCAGCGUGGACAAGGUGCUGGAGCAGAAGGAACACAGACUGGACGGACGUCAGAUCGACCCCAAGAGGGCCAUGGCCAUGAAGAAGGAGCCGGCCAAGAAAAUCUUUGUCGGUGGUUUGAACCCAGAAGCAACCGACGACAGCAUCAGGGAAUACUUUGGCACCUACGGCGAGAUCGAGACCAUCGAGCUCCCCGUGGACCCCAAGUCCAAGAAGAGGAGGGGCUUCAUCUUCGUCACGUACAAAGACGAGGCCAGCGUGAAGAAAUGCCUGGAGAAGAAAUUCCAGAACAUCCAGGGCAGCCGGUGUGAGCUGAAGAUCGCCCAGCCCAAGGAGGUGUACCAGCAGCAGCAGUACGGGGGGCGCGGCGGCGGCUACGGCGGCGGCCGGGGGGGCCGGGGGCGAGGAGGCCAGAGCCAGGGCUGGAACCAGGGCUACGGGAACUACUGGAGCCAGGGCUACGGUAACCAAGGCUACGGCGGCUAUGGCGGCUACGGCGGAUACGGCGGCUACAGCAACUACGAUUACUCUCCUGGCUACUAUGGAUAUGACUACAACCAAAACAACGCCAACUACGGAAAGAGCCCCAGACGAGGGUCGCACCCGGCAGGAUACAAGCCCUACUGAGGACCGCCGUGCAGAGCCAGGACUGAUCCGCUGGGACCGACGGCUGGACGGACACACUGGGCCUGACGCCACCUCUUUUAUGACAGAAGACCAUUUGUACAGAAAACAUCUGAAAUGUAACUUUCUUUUCUUUUCGUUUCUUUCUUUCUUUUUUUUUUUUUUUUUUACCCUUUUUGAUUUUUAGGUUUUACUUUCCCCUUGGUGUUCCUUUUGUUUUUGUUUUUUUUUUUCUUCUCCCUGCCGCCCCCACAUUUCCUCCUCCGGAAGUGUAAUUUUUACUGUACUUUUUGGUACCUGUUUUGAUUCUAAUGUAUUGUAAGGGUUGUAUUUUACAUGUGUGCUGGCUUUACAGGUUGGAAAUCUUGGCGCUGUAAAGGAGCUUUUUUUGACAAAUAAAACCGUUUUCAGUAA